AUGGCAGCCAAUGCAGAGGCGGCCAAGCCGGUCAUCAUGAAUGAAGAGGAGCUGAAGAGGAAGCAGAGGGAGAAGCUGAAGAAGUUGCAGGCCACGGGGGGCAACCCUCGACCAGCGAGAACCCUCUUCCUCUUCUCCCUCAAAAAUCCCUUCCGCAAGGCCUGCAUCAACAUUGUGGAGUGGAAAACCUUUGAGAUCAUCAUCUUAUUGACCAUCUUUGCAAACUGUAUUGCGUUGGCUGUGUUCCUGCCCAUGCCUGAAGAAGACAGUAAUAACACCAACACCAACUUGGAGAGUUUGGAGUAUAUCUUCUUGAUCAUAUUCACGUUAGAGUGCUUUCUGAAGAUAGUGGCAUACGGGCUCGUGUUCCAUGAAGGCGCCUAUUUACGGAACUGUUGGAACAUAUUGGACUUUGUCAUCGUCUUCAUGGGUCUCUUCACUUUUGCAUUGGAUACCAUCAAUAAGAUAGCAGGUGUGCCAAUGGAGAAGGGUGGAGGGUUUGACAUGAAGGCACUAAGAGCCUUCAGAGUGCUCCGACCCUUACGUCUCGUCUCUGGAGUCCCCAGCCUGCAGGUGGUGAUGAAUUCCAUCCUCAAAGCCAUGCUGCCUCUGCUGCACAUCGCCCUGCUGGUCUUUCUGCUGGUCACUAUCUAUGCCAUCAUGGGACUGGAGCUGUUCAAGUGCAAAAUGCACAAGACCUGCUAUUACACUGGCACAAAUAUCUACGCCACAGCAGAAGGUGAGCUGCCUGCACCGUGCGCUCAAGCUGGUAAUGGACGCCGCUGCAGCAUCAACGGCUCUGAGUGUCGGCCAGGCUGGGAAGGUCCCAACAAUGGCAUCACCCACUUUGAUAACAUUGGCUUUGCCAUGCUUACAGUCUACCAGUGUAUCACCAUGGAGGGAUGGACCAAAGUUCUCUACUGGGUUAAUGAUGCCAUAGGAAAUGAAUGGCCCUGGGUCUACUUUGUUCCCCUCAUUCUCGUGGGCUCCUUCUUUGUGCUCAAUCUGGUUCUGGGUGUGCUCAGUGGGGAGUUUACCAAAGAGCGAGAGAAGGCCAGGUCACGUGGAGAGUUCCAGAAGUUGCGAGAGCGUCAGCAGCUGGAUGAAGACCUGCAUGGCUACAUAGAGUGGAUCACUCACGCUGAAGUCCUGGAUGCUGACCGAGAGGGCCAAGGACUCCUGCCUUUAACCAGUGGAGAUUCUGACACAGACAGCCUGUAUGGCCUGGAAGGCAAGAGUCGAAUUGUCUACUACUACCGCUUGGCCCGUCGCUGGAACCGUUUCUUCAGGAUGAAGUGCCUGGUGUAUGUGAAAACCAAGGGCUUUUACUGGUUAGUGAUGUUCCUCGUCUUACUCAACACCCUGACCAUAGCAACAGAGCACCACCACCAGCCUGACUCGCUCACCUCCCUGCAAGAUGUGGCCAGUCGUGUACUGCUGGUGCUGUUUGUCAUAGAGAUGUUUGUAAAGAUGUAUGCGCUGGGUCCCAGAGGAUAUUUCAUGUCUCUGUUUAACCGUUUCGACUUCUUUGUGGUGGUAUGCGGUAUCCUGGAGAUGAUCAUGUUAUCUGCGGGAGCCGUGGCUCCCCUGGGUUUCUCUGUACUCCGGUGUAUCCGACUGCUGAGGAUCCUUAAAGUCACAAAGUACUGGAAAUCUUUGAGUAAUCUUGUGGCCUCUCUCCUCAACUCGAUACGCUCCAUUGCCUCCCUGCUCCUUCUUCUUUUCCUCUUUAUCGUUAUUUUCUCACUCCUGGGCAUGCAGGUGUUUGGGGGGAAAUUCAACUUUAGUGACCACAGACCCAGACGCAGUAACUUUGACAACUUCCCUCAGGCCCUCAUCAGUGUGUUUCAGAUCCUAACAGGAGAGGACUGGACCUCCAUCAUGUACAAUGGCAUUAUGGCCUAUGGAGGGCCUGUUUUUCCUGGCAUCCUGGUCGCCAUCUUCUUUAUUGUCCUCUUUGUCUGUGGAAAUUAUAUCCUCCUAAAUGUCUUCUUGGCCAUCGCUGUCGACAACCUGGCAGAGGCUGAGAGUCUGACUUCAGCUCAAAAAGAAAAGGCGGAGGAGAAGAUGAGGAGAAAGCUACUAAGGUCCAAAAUGCCAGACAAGACUGAUGAGGAGAGGGAGAGGUUAGCUAAGAAACUGGCAGAGCAGAGAUCUAAGAUAGAGGUCAUGCCCACCACUGCCAAGCUUAAAGUUGAUGAGUUUGAGUCCAAUGUCAAUGAAGUGAAAGAUCCAUUCCCACCUGACGACUUCCCAGGUGAUGACGAGGAGGUAGAGCCUGAAAUCCCCAUUAGCCCUCGCCCCCGACCAAUGGCCGACCUGCAGCUGAAGGAGGAAGCUGUGCCAUUGCCUGAAGCCAGCUCCUUUUUCAUUUUUGGCCCUCAGAACAAGUUCCGUAAACUAUGCUACAAGAUCAUCAACGCCUCGUCCUUCACCAACUUAAUCCUUCUGUUCAUCUUGCUCUCCUCCAUCUCCCUGGCAGCUGAGGACCCUAUUGAUCCCCAGUCUUUCAGAAACAAGAUCUUGGCCUAUGCUGACAUUGUCUUCACAUCUGUGUUCACCAUUGAGAUUGUACUGAAGAUGACAGUAUAUGGAGCAUUCAUGCACGAGGGCUCGUUCUGCCGUAACUCCUUCAACAUCCUGGAUCUGAUUGUGGUUACAGUCUCCCUGCUUUCUAUGGGAAUGGAAUCCAGUGCUAUCUCUGUGGUGAAGAUUCUCAGGGUGCUGAGGGUGCUGAGGCCUCUCAGGGCCAUCAAUAGAGCCAAGGGGUUAAAGCAUGUGGUCCAAUGCGUGUUUGUGGCCAUCAAAACCAUUGGCAACAUCGUCCUGGUCACCAUGCUGUUGAACUUCAUGUUUGCCUGUAUUGGAGUGCAACUCUUCAAGGGUAAAUUCUACAGCUGCACAGACCUGUCCAAAAUGACUGAGGAGGAAUGCCAGGGAUACUUCUUGAAGCACAUGGAUAAUUCCCUUCAGGACACAGUGUUGGCUAAGAGAGAAUGGCUCAACAGUGACUUCAACUUUGACAAUGUGCUCAAUGGCAUGCUGGCCCUCUUCACUGUUUCCACAUUUGAGGGCUGGCCAAAACUGUUGUACAGAGCCAUUGAUUCAGAUGAAGAAGACAUGGGUCCUGUCUUCAACAACCGCGUGGAUGUGUCCAUCUUCUUCAUCAUCUACAUCAUCCUCAUCGCCUUCUUCAUGAUGAACAUCUUUGUGGGCUUUGUGAUCGUCACUUUCCAGGAGCAGGGCGAGCAGGAGUAUAAGGACUGUGAGCUGGACAAGAACCAGCGUCAGUGUGUGCAGUACGCUCUGAAGGCUCGUCCUCUGAGGUGCUACAUCCCCAAAAACCCCUACCAGUACAGAGUCUGGUACAUUGUCACCUCCUGCUACUUUGAGUACCUCAUGUUCUUCCUAAUUAUGCUCAACACCUUGUGUCUGGGAAUGCAGCAUUGCAACCAGUCGGACCAUGUGACCAAGCUGUCGGACACUCUUAACUUGAUCUUCACUGUGCUCUUCACUGUGGAGAUGAUUCUCAAGCUCAUGGCCUUCAAAGCGAGAGGCUACUUUGGAGACCCCUGGAACGUCUUUGACUUCAUUAUUGUCAUCGGUAGCGUUGUUGAUGUCAUCCUGAGUGAAGUUGAUACUGCCCUGGCCUCCAGUGGAGGACUGUACUGCCUCCAUGGCUGUGCUGAGACAAAUCCUAUGCAAGCCAUUGCGGCAUCUGAAAAUGCCUCUGUUUCCAUCACGUUCUUCCGACUCUUCCGUGUCAUGCGUCUGGUCAAGUUGCUGAACCGUUCGGAGGGGAUCCGUAACCUGCUGUGGACCUUCAUCAAGUCCUUUCAGGCUCUCCCUCACGUAGCUCUGCUCAUCGUGAUGCUCUUCUUUAUCUACGCUGUCAUUGGGAUGCAGAUCUUUGGAAAGAUAGCUUUAGUGGAUGGCACCCAAAUCAACCGCAACAACAACUUCCAGACAUUCCCUCAGGCUGUUCUAAUGUUAUUCCGAUGUGCUACUGGAGAGGCUUGGCAGGAGGUCAUGAUGGCUUCGAUGUAUGGGAAGAAAUGCGACCCCAAAUCUGACUUCCUGCCAGGAGAGGAGUACACCUGCGGGUCCAACUUCGCUGUCUUCUACUUCCUCAGCUUCUACUGUCUCUGUGCCUUCCUGAUCCUCAACCUGUUUGUAGCUGUCAUCAUGGACAACUUUGACUACCUGACGCGUGACUGGUCUCUUCUGGGCCCACACCAUCUGGAUGAGUUUAAGAAGAUCUGGGCUGAAUAUGACCCAGAAGCCACGGGGAGAAUUAAACAUCUGGACGUGGUGACACUUCUGCGGCGCAUCCAGCCUCCACUGGGCUUUGGCAAGUUCUGUCCUCAUCGUGCUGCAUGCAAGCGCUUGGUUGGCAUGAACAUGCCCCUGAACAGUGAUGGCACGGUCACCUUCAAUGCCACCCUGUUUGCUCUGGUCAGGACUGCACUCAAGAUCAAAACAGAAGGUAACUUUGAGCAGGCCAACGAGGAGCUGAGAGCCAUUAUAAAGCAAAUCUGGAAACGCACCAGUAUGAAACUGUUAGACCAGGUCAUCCCCCCUAUAGGAGAUGAUGAGGUGACUGUGGGGAAAUUCUACUCCACUUUCCUGCUUCAGGACCAUUUCCGUAAGUUCCUGAAGCGUCAGGAGGAGUACUAUGGCUACCGGCCCAGUAAGAAGAGCGCCUCGGGCCCGGAGAUCCAGGCGGGCCUGCGGAGUAUAGAGGAGGAGGUGGCUCCAGAGAUGCACAGGGCCAUUUCAGGAGACCUGCAGAAUGAGGAAGAGAUGGACAGAGCUAUGGAGGAGGCUGGAGAGGAAGGCAUUUACCAGCGUACUCAUGGUCUGUUUGGUAACCGGGUGGACUCAUUCUCCUCUGAACCCGCCAGCCCUCAGCCCCACCAGAUGGCCAACCAGCGGCCCCUCCAGUUCUCUGAGAGCCAGUCUGAGUCUCCACCAACCUCUGCCCUGACGCCCACUACUGAAUUUUUCCCAACUACUGCGCCAAAAAGCAACACUAACAACAACGCCUUUGCAGAAUUUUCAUUCGAAAGAGAGGGCAGUCCCAUAGAGUUUUACAAUCCCAGUGAGGAUGCAGAGCCAGACCUGCAGUCCUGGAACUUCACAGUGAGAACAGACAAAACACAGUUCCCUUAUGAGCCUAACUAUGGCGACAGCCAGAGUCGGAGCUCCAGUACUGCGGUAGAUCAGCUCGUCCAGGAGGCUCUUGUAAAGGGCGGUCUGGCCUCCCUGGCCAAAGACCCCAGCUUUGUCUCUGUGACUAAGGAGAUGGCUGAUGCCAUGCACACAACUGUAGAUGAUAUGGAGAGCGUGGCUCAGGGCAUCCUCAGCGAACGCUCCACCAGCGUCACCUCAGUCAAAAAGAGACGCCCUAUCCCUGUCCCUCCUCCCACCGUUGCUGCGGCAGCACAGGGGACAGGUGAGCCAGAUCCGGCUGUGAGGAGAAAGAGACGUCCGAUCCCCAUGACUCCUUCCGUACAGGAGGCGGCUGAGGCAGACUCCAAAGUUUAAGAGGCUGUCACUUGAGUUUUAUGUGGUUAUUUCUGGAUUUUUACACUUGCAGGUGGCUCCACCUCACACCACUUUACCAAGUCUGUUGCCCUCUGUGACAAUUUUUAUCUACUAGCCUGGCUCAUGGCAGGUUGGGUCAGGUUUUGUCAUGUGUGGCUGAAACUUAACCAAGGAGAAACAAUAUAUCUGAUGACGAAACAUCUUAUUCUUCAGAUUUAUUGAAAUAAAUAAAAACACAACUUAUCUCGCGAACA